CGAGAACUCGCGAGAGACGUAGAGAGAGAGAGAGAGAGAGAGAGAGAGAGAGAGAGUUACAGUAGUAAUGGCCAGCCUUGUUGUUCCUCACCAUUUCUCUGCUACUGAAGAUGCAGAAACUCUGAGAAAGGCCUGCCAAGGAUGGGGAACGCAUGAGAAGCCGAUCAUAAAAGUGCUAGGGCACAGGAAUGCAGCGCAGAGGAAGCAGAUCAGGCAAGCCUACGAGGACCUCUACCAGGAAGAUCUCGUCAAGCGCCUUGAGUCUGAGCUCUCCGGAGACUUCGAGAAAGCGGUGUACCGUUGGAUACUGGACCCAGCCGAUCGGGAUGCCGUGUUGGCGAAUGUGGCGCUGAAGAAAUCGAGCCCUGAUUACCAUGUGAUCAUAGAGAUUUCUUGCGUUCAUUCCCCUGAGGAGCUCCUGGAGGUGAGAAAGGCCUACAGGCUUCGCUACAAGCGAUCCUUGGAAGAAGAUGUCGCUGCACAUACCACCGGCGACAUCCGCAAGCUCCUGGUUGGUUUAGUGAGUGCGUAUAGGUACGAAGGAGAAGAGAUCAACGCGGGGUUGGCGAACUCGGAGGCCGUCGUUCUUCACAAAGCCAUAAAAGAUAAGGCCCUCAACCAUGAAGAGGUCAUAAGAAUCUUGAGCACCAGGAGCAAGGCUCAGCUCAGGGCGACUUUCAAUCACUACCGAGAUGACCAGGGAACUUCCAUCACUAAGAAUCUGCUGGCUGAACGACCUGAUGACUUCUCGGUGGCACUGCGCACGACGAUCCGGUGCCUCAAUGAUCCGAAGAAGUACUUUGAAAAGGUCUUGCGCAAUGCAAUCAAGAAGGUCGGGACUGAUGAGGAUGCGCUCACCCGCGUGAUCGUGACUAGGGCGGAGAAGGACCUGAAGGAGAUCAAGGAGGAGUACUACAAGAGGAACAGCGUCUCGCUUGACAUAGCGGUGGCCAAGGACACCUCUGGCCAUCAUGAGGCCUUCUUGCUCACUCUCCUGGGCAAGGAAGAGUGAUCAACCGACUACUUUCCGAUAUAUCGAUCUUUUCAUCCUAUGAACUUAUUAAGUAGUGUGAGCUUCGUGUGGUUUGGGUCUGGGUCGGGACUUUUUAUGUUGGACAACGCUUGUUACUUUAUAACUGGCGCAUCUGCCCUAUCUAUCUUAUGUGAUGUUUGUCUUUGCACAAGCACUUACGUCCAUAGAAAAGCACUCCUUCGUUGAUCAA